UGCCUCAAUGGCGUUGGCAAUGGUGUCUUUUAAACAUUUAUUUUGAAUUUUUAUUUAUUUAACAGUAACAUGUAAAACACAAAAAACAGAACAGCCAGAGGGAUUCCUGGCAAUGCUAUCACAGACGCUAAAAUGGCACAGAUACAAAGUUGAGUCCUCUAUCUAUCUAUAUGUUCACAGCAGCACGCUGAGUUGCACACCAGCUGUAUCGGCCUCUUUGAACAAUGGUUGUUUCACAUAACAAAAUGCGCGAAUCACAGGUUGUAAGCUCUCAGAGGAUCCAGUCAGUUAACACCAAUGCAGAGCGCAGCCUGGAGGGGUUCAAGGCCCAUGCAGUCUUCCAGGAGAUCAACAAGAAGCUGGAGGAGGAUGGGGAGUCAUUUGUGAAGAAGAUCGGAGGGGUGUUUGCCUUUAAGGUGAAGGAUGGUCCGGAUGGUCAGGAGGCGACCUGGAUAGUAGACGUGAAGAAUGGCAAGGGUUGCGUUCACAAUGACACAGCAAAGAAAGCAAACUGCACCAUUGCCAUGUCAGACGCAGACCUGCUGUCCUUGAUGACGGGGAAAAUGAACCCACAGACAGCAUUCUUCCAGGGCAAGCUGAAGAUCACAGGGAACAUGGGAAUGGCCAUGAAGCUCCAGAGUCUGCAGCUGCAGCCUGGCAAAGCCAAGCUGUGAGGUAGAACCUGGGGUUAGGCAGAGGUUACCUUCCUAGCGCUGGUCUAGGAUAAGUGCUUCAUAUCACAAUGCUAACCUUAACCACUAGGGGUUACAACAACAAACCUGGUCCAAGACCUGCACUAAGGGGUAACUUCUACAUUUUCAGUAGCUCCACAGCAGCCACCACCAUCCAACUAGUAGUGAGAGUAGGGGGGGCACUGUAGGAGGAAAUUAUGGGAGUAGAGGAGGAUGAGAUGGAAUGAUGAGACUGUUCUCCACAUCUACCUCUCUCUCUCUGACCCCCUCUGUCUUUUUCUAAUAUAUUAAUGACCAGAACACACUAGACUAGAGAUAUACAGUAGGGCUGCACUCUACUCUCUUUCUCUCCAACUGUGUCAUUUUAUAUUUUUUUCAGACUGAUUUAUUAUGACUCAGAGAAGAUCUGUUUGUAUGAUGUCAUUAAUUGAAUCAUGCCCCUCUCAUCUUGCGAUUUCUGACCUUUUUCCCCUUUUAAGUUUCAUGUGUGUAUUGGUAAUGGAAAUAAUAUUGCUCUUUACAUUUGGGACAGGAUGAAUCAUGUCUUAUAUGGUCUCAGAGCUGUGCUACACAGUCAUUUCUCCCUAUUCAGCCUUUAUGAGAGAUGAAUGGAUAAAACAGUGAAGUGCCUCUCAGGUGUGCAAUAUUCCCUGGUGUCAUGAACAAGUGUAAAUACAUUGAUAAGGUCUCAUAAUCAGAUUCAUAAUAUCUAAAACAGGACUGAAUGGAUGGACCACUGAAGGUUACAUUUAUAUUUUAGUCAUUUAGCAGACACUCUUAUCCAGAGCGACUUACAGUAGUGAGUGCAUACAUUUUCGUACUCUGUUACUCUGUUACUUUCAGCCAUGUUUUUGGGACUGAUGAUGCUAAAGUGAUUUCUACUAAAUAAACUCACUUACUAAUAAUCACUGAAAUAAGUUUGAUUCUCCCUCUUUAGAAAUAGUUUACUCCUAGAUAGGCAUGAAGGAGUGGAGGGAGACAGAUAGAUAGUGGGAGUUACAGAGGAGAAAGUUGCAGAUUCCAACCACCUGGGGCCACGCAUAUUUAUUUAUUAUUAUUUAUUUCCCCCCCAAUCAUUUUCCCUCCUUGACAUACAGUAUAUCACUCUGUUUUUAUUCUCUUUAUCUAAAGGAGUAUAUCCCUAUGCGGCUCUCAUCCUCAACCACCUGUGACCUUUGUCUGACUACUUGUUGACCUGAUGUUGUCGACAAACAGAACUAACAGAUCUGGCUACCAGUACAUAAAUCUGAAUCCACAAUAACACAUCUGUUGGACUACUGCUGACCCCGUUUUCUAGGGGCAGAGGGAGGCAGAGUCUUUGUCUUUUAUGGUUCCAUGGCCAUGGAUAAUUUAUGGAUAAUGUUGAGGAAGGGGUAACCUAACCUAGCAGGUGUAAAAGAAACGCCUGAAACUAGAUCCCCUCCAUACUAAUCUUGACGAGAAGAAAACAAACUUUAAGGGGAGGUUCUCUUCUGCACUGUUCAACCAAUCCAGUAAAUGUGGAGGAGGAGUUAAGAUGGAGUGUCACAUUGUUAAUGUCCAUAGGCUCUCUUUACAUUUCCCCUGAAAACCGGAAUGUCCGGUUGUUGGGGACGCAUGCGGCAGAGGUUAAGGAAGGGGAAACAUUGGCCAAAUGUCUUGAACAGGCAGAGAUUCUCCUGGCAUGACGUAAAGCCGCUCUCACUACACUGGAUGUUAAUAGGAAAACGCCUUUUAGAUGGCGAAAAUGUCUGUCAUACAUGUCAGAUUUCAAUACUGGCCGUUGUCAUGACGCGUCUAGGGUGCCGUUGCAUGGUGCCGUUGCGAAUGUCAGACUCCACUCUGAGGCACAUCGAUCUGCAGGUUGAACAUGGCAACCUCUGGGGUUUAUUGUGUGAACAGCGGUGAUGUGUUCGCAGGAAAUACAGAAGUUCGUCUAAGGAUGUGCAGGCUGGAGGCUCAUCAUGCCAGACUCCUGUGUCCAAAGUCAAAACGUUUGUAGAUAUUUGUUGUGCAGGAACACUGGGGAGCAGCAAUAUUCUAUGUCUAUUGGAAUAAAUAAAAAUAUCUGUCUACUUUCUGCCCAA